CCCACCCCCACCCACCUCGUCGUCGUCGUCGUCCUCAUCCUCCUCCGAAUCGAAGCUGCAGGCAGCUGUGCCUGCUGCCUUCCCAGGACGAGAGACGAGACCGCAAUAGCAAUAGCAAUAGCAAGAACAAGAGCAAGAUGGCCGCUCUCGCCUCCCAGGGCCCGGCCUGCUGCCUCCAGCUCCACCUCCUUCGCCGCCCGGCCCCACCCCGUGUCGGCCUCCUCCUAUCGCCCGCGCGUCUCCGCCUCCGCCUCCGCCUCCGCCUCCGAGCUGCUCCCGAUUCGCCCUCCGACUCCUUCGCUGGCUGGUCCGACCACGACGACGACGGCAAGCCUCCCCAAUCUCUAGGGUUGGGAGCAGGAGGAGGGCUUCUAGGAGCUGGGCUUGCUGGGUUUUUCUUCCUUGCCGGUCUUACCUUUGCUGCAGUCUCUAUCAGAAGCAACAGCUACGCAAGUGGAACAAGGGCACAGAUGCAAAACUUGUCUACAGAUAGUGCUGCCACCGAAUCUUACUCCGAUGACUCCCGUAAAGAGAAUGGUGUCGAAGAUGAAGUUUUCUUACCAAGCAACAGCCCCGAUAGUGAAAAGGGUACAGAUGAAUCCCCGACGCCUCCAAAAUCAAACCAUAUACCUGCGGAAGCAGCUGAACGCGAAACAGGGCAUCCGUUGCAAAACACAGAUAUUGUUACUGAUGAUAACUGUGCUCCCAGUGAAGAAUCACAUCAAUUUGACAAUCUGGUUCCUUCAGAUGGUACUGGAAGUCCGCCAUCACCUCCUCCUUUUCGCAACUCAGCUGAAUCUGCACAAGUUGCUUAUGCAUCAUCUAGCAAACUUGAGGGUGCAGUCCCUUCUGAGGGAACCCCUAAUCUAGAAGAGACAUUAGAUUCCGAAAUGGCCUUGCCAGAAAACCAGCAUCUAGAUGAAACUAUAACAUCAGAUGCAGUGUUGCUAGAUUCAGAUGAUGAUGUGCGGCAUAUGCCCAUCCUAGAAAUCUCAGACAGUGCAGCUGCGACUGCAUCACAUCAAAAUGACAAAGCUAUCGAGCAGAAUCCAGAAACUUAUAACAAGGAUGAAACUUCUCCGUCCAGGUUGCCUGAUUAUAUAGAAUAUGAGUGUGCCGAUCAGAUGCUUCCUCUCAGCUCGAAUGACUUACCUAGUAGGCCAAGAGAGGGGGAAGAAACUUUGGCAGAGGAUCUUAAUGAAAGAGAAAAUGAAUUAGGAAACCAAAAUAAUUUAUUCAAGUCCACAGCACCUGUCCAAUCUUUCUCUUCUGCUGGAAUCCCCGCUCCCUCUCUGGUAGCCACUGCUUUACAGGUGCCUGCUGGACAGAUUGUGAUUCCAGCUACAGUUGACCCAACCCAGGAAAAUGCAGUAGCUGCACUGCAAACUCUAAAGGUGAUCGAACCCAGUGCUCGAGCUGGUGACUUGUGUACCCGACGUGAGUAUGCUCGAUGGUUGGUAGUUGCAAGCAAUUGCCUUGCAAGGAACAUUUUCUCGAAAGUGUAUCCAGCUAUGUAUAUUGAUAAUGUUACUGAACUUGCAUUUGAUGAUGUCACUCCUGAAGAUCCUGAUUUUCCUUUUAUACAAGGCUUAGCAGAAGCUGGAUUGAUUUCUAGCAAGCUUUCAAGAUCUGAUAUGAAUAUCCCUGAAGAUGUUCAGAACAAUCAUAACUUGUUUUCCCCAGAGAGUGCUCUGUCACGUCAAGACCUUGUGAGUUGGAAAAUGGCUCUGGAUAAGAGGCAACUGCCUGAAGUUGACAGAAAUUCUUUGUGCAAAGCAUCUGGCUAUAUAGACAUUGAUAAGAUAAAUGCAGCUGCCUGGCCUGCUUUGGCUGCUGACUUGGCUGCUGGAGACCAGAGCAUUACAGCUCUUGCCUUUGGUUUUACGAGACUUUUCCAGCCAGACAAACCUGUGACGAAAGGACAAGCUGCCCUAGCAAUUUCAACAGGUGAUUCUGCUGAGGUGGUUUUGGAGGAGCUUGCUCGUAUUGAGGCAGAGAAAAUGGCUGAAGCAGCUGUAAAUGCACAUGGUGCAUUGGUUGCUCAGGUUGAGAAAGAUUUUAAUGCAAGUUUUGAAAGGGAGCUCACAAAGGAAAGAGAAAAAGUAGAGACCUUAGAAAAACUAGCUGAAGAAGCUAGGAUGGAACUGGAUAGGUUGAGAGCAGAAAGAGAGGAAGAAAAGAGCACUCUUCUCAGGGCCAGAGCUGCUGUUGAAUCUGAAAUGGAAGUUCUAUCAAAGUUGAGGAGUGAAGUAGAGGAACAGCUGCAGAGUGUGCUGAGCAAGAAGGUGGAGAUCUCCUUCGAGAAGAGUAGGAUUGAAAAACUCCAAAAGGAAAUAGAGAAUGAAAACUCGGCUGUUGUGCAACUUCAAUAUGAGCUUGAAGUGGAGAGGAAGGCGUUGUCUAUGGCCAGGGCUUGGGCAGAGGAGGAAGCAAAGAAGGCUAGGGAGCAUGCACGGACCCUUGAGGAGGCCCGAAACCAAUGGGAGCGUCAAGGAAUCAAAGUUGUUGUUGAAGGAGGACUUGAGGAUGACGCUUCAGCUGGGGUCACAUGGGCUAAUGCGGGCAAAGAACAUCCAGUUGAUGAGGCAAUCAACCGGGCAGAAUCUUUGCUGGAGAAGCUAAAGUCGAUGUCUUCUGAGAUGAAAGUCCGAUCUCGUGGUGCACUGGAGAGAGUAAUGCAGCAUUUGAGGUUUUUCAUUGCAAGCCUAAAGCAGCAAGCAGCAGACUCAAGGCAGCAAUGUUUGGAGUUUGGGGCUGCUGCUGCUUCGAAGGCAAACAAGAUGUCAGCAGAAGUGCAGGGCAGUGUAUGCGCAUUUGGUUCGACCAUUGGGGACAAGUCGAAGAGGGUAAUGGAAGACUGCAAAGAGGGCUUGGAGAAGUUUACGCACAGAUUCAGGACAGACUAGAGAGGCUGCGUCUCUGUACCAACAAUAGUGGAGUGCUAGGAUGUGUGCAGCUGGACAAUGAAGGAUACUUGUAACUCCUUGGAAUAAAUUUUUUGGGUGUUGUUGUAGAGUACACUAUACUCGUGCUGGAGUGAACUAUCAAUUCCGUGGAAUAAGGAACUGUUUGAUUUA